CCCUCUAGAUGUAGUAAUGGUAAUGGUAAUGGUAAUGAAUAUCGCGCGAAUAUUCCGUCGCUAGAGCUGUGACGUCACAGAGAGUCGCCUCUGUUUUUGUAUCAUGGCGGGACGAAACGAUGAAGAAGGUGUCUCCAACGCUGUGUCUGGCGAUGCUGCUAGAAGCAGUACACCAGCUAAUGUGGAAUGUCCGACUUGGUCCCCGGAGUGCAUUGUCCGUCACUGGGUUUUUGAUUUUUAUUUUUAUCUAGGACUGAAAGCAUUUGAGAAUGGAGAACAUGAUGACUUCUGCCAGAUUCGGGACGUGAUUCAAGGCAUGUUAUGCCAGCCAUUGAGGCUUGAAGAGUAUGUCACCAAGAAGCUCCGUGUCUUGCAGCUUUUGUCAAGAAUUAAUGAAGGACAGAAUCUUGAUUGUAUAUUUGAAAUAGAUGAGCAGACACCCCUUGAGUCUGCUUUGAAUAUACUAAAGAUGACCUGUGAAGAAGUAGCACUACCAAAGGCUGAAAUUGACAAUGCUAAAAGACUUGUCAGAAAAAUGGCAGUGAUUGUUUGCAUUCAACAAAACAACUUUGAAAAAGCGCAGAAUAUACUGAAGAAGCAUUUUCCACCAGGUCAGGAUCUUCAGAAAGCAGAGUUUAUGGACUUGAUUCAGCAAAAAAAUAACAGCCAUCCAAGUCUUGAAGAAAUGACAUAUGAGCAUUUUCGGGAAAAAAUGUAUAGGUUUUGUCAGACUAUUAUCACUGUGUCUGAACCUAUUCUUCUUAAGAUUGCAAAAAAUCAUCUUGCCAAGCACUCUUCAGAAGAAAAUAGUAAUAUAGAUCAAGUAAAUGAAACUGAAGAAAGGGUACAAGAAGAGGUAAAUUGUUCAUUGGCUGGAGAAAGUUCCUGCUCCCUUAAUAAGAGGGAAUCUUCAAAGUGGACUACAUUUGGACGCUCGGCUCUCAAAGUUGCUUUCUGUACCUUGUCUAAGAUGAAACAGGCAACAAUACAAUUUUCACGUCUUGAAGAGACAGACCUUGAGCCUUCAUCUGGAGAGAUCCUAGUUAACAGAAAUUCUGGCAGUGUACCAAACGGUACAAACGUACAAACGGUAUCACGGCUUGUCAUAGAACCGGAUAGCCAAACGGAGAAUGAAAGUGUCGAAAGCCAGUCUGAGCUCCAGGAAGUAAAUCAAAAAAGCAGUACACCUCCACAUUCUGAACCAACACAGAAACUCUUCACUCGUCAAAAAAGGAGUCAUCCCCCUAUAGUGAGCAACUCAUCUGAAGAUUCUGAUGAAUCUAUCGAAUGUCUUAAUUUUACUGUCCAAAAACCCAUUAAAAGGGAAAGCAAGAGUAGAUGGAAGCGAUCCUGUCCAGAAGGGAGAGAACAUUGGAGUGAUGAAGACUCUUUGUUUAGUGUUAAGACAAGAUCUAGUAAAGCUAACAACCGUUUAGGCUCUGAUACAGACAGUAUCUAUGGUCAUGGAUCUAGAAAGCACAAAUGGACAGUGGAGGAAACUGAGUGGAUUAAGCAAGGAGUGUCAAAGUUUGGGGAAGGCAAUUGGAAGACCAUUAUGAUUAACUUUCCCUUUGAAGGACGGACAGCAGUUUCAAUCAAAGAUCGUUGGAGAACAAUGAAGAAACUUAAAAUAGUUGAUUAGGAUCUAAAACAAUCUGCUAUAUAAUAGUUUGUCAUUACAUAAAUUCAAUUUUCAGACAGUAUUGUAUUUAUUAUUUUUAGCUUGGCUUAUCUUUCUUAAUAUUCUGUGUUUCAGGUACUUGUAUUUUUUGAAGCUUAAUUAUUAUGUACCAUUAAAGGCACAGUUCAUUUUUA